CAAUGUCAUGGGACGUGAUAUGCUAUAUAAUGCUAUAUAGUUUGUCACUGUACCUUACGUCAUUUUACAUAUAAGCGAGUGAUCGGCACAUGUCUAUACAUGUCUAUGAUGUGCAUUUUUUACAUGAUGUCCUACCUCAAAGACUUUUUUCAUCGCCCCUUGCCAUGAUUGCCAUGGGAUAAGUAUUGAGACGGUCCUAUGUGCCACUGCUCCGCUGAUUUUCGAAGACAAGGCUGGAAACAUUCAUCAGACAGUUCGCGCAAGUACCGGGCACGCCUUUUGGGUGUUUGCAAUGGAUCUUUUGACAACCAUUUGUGGAAAAUAAACACAAGCAGAGAAAAAUGGAUUCAGUUUUACUUCUUUGUCUAGCCAUAUCUUCUGUCCCAAACGUAUCUGGGGUGUUGUGGGUUGCCAGGUUUGCUCGUGGCAAUGCUGAUUCGCCAAAGGUGGCCGUUUGUAGGUAUUGUGGUUUCCGCGGUGCCGCAGAGUCGGUCACGGGCAUUGGGGACCAGCACUCGGCCACCUGCCCACGCAGCCCGUCAAGGGCAGCCGCCGCGAAGAAGGGCACUGAAGGAGCCAGCCCGUUUGGUUGGAGCCUGAUGGCCUGCUUUUGCUGUGGAGUUGAUACUACAAGCGAAAUUCAAGAGAUCGACGUUCCAGCGGAAGUUCCCAAAGUCGCAGACAAGGACCCAGCUCCAGGAGUGGAUGCUGAGGCGGAGGACAGCCUCCAACUUCCGGUCGAAGCAGUCCCUGGGCCUGUGGUUUGAAGCAGGUUCGUGACACUAAGUGAAGGUGGGCUGCUGGUUUGAAUUGAGACAAGGCUGUUGUUUUACAGCUUUGUAGUGUUUCAGUGCAAUACAAGAUAAACUCGGUAAACUGGGACUUCCCCACGUCCAAACUGGUCCAAACUGGCCGUGGCGGAAAGACCUGCCGUUGCGAUGGACGUUGUUUCACUCCAUGUUUUUGUUCACCGCAUUUGGGCUUGCACCGGCUUGCAGCGUAGCAACCAGAGAGUGGGGACCAGACCCGGACAAAA